AUGCCGCAACACUCGAUCGACUCGUCUGUCGUCCAUGUGGAGUGUCGCACGACGACGAGUGCCCCACGAGUCCGCGCCCUGACCCGUCUCAGCGACAGCUACUGGAGCGCCAGGCACCGACCCCAUGCGUGGCGCCUUCGCUACUGCGAGGCGCAGGACGUCGGCGCGCGCGCGGACGGCCCGUUGGCGUACACGAUGGACGAAGCCGUGGACCUGGAAGUGCUGACGUACAUGGCGUCGACGCGCGCGCGGGACGCUGGCGACUGCAGUGACGAAGAUGCCGCCGCCACGUGCAAUGGCUCGGGCUUACCGCUCGUGUGCAGCAACUGCGGCGUGUCCUUCUUCUCGCUGCAGAUCCCAGACGACCAGAUGGACUGCUACUGCUCGGGCGAGUGCAAGUGGAGCGUCAUUAUGUAUCGGGAGAUGGACCGCCGCUUGUUUGCGAGGCGGAACAAGUGCGCGCUCGAUGCAAUUGGACGCGCUCGUCCUCGAGCUGCAGUUGAGGCGGCAGCAGCGACGGACGCGCGUCGUGCAGGAGCUACUUCGAUCACGUGUCGAGCACCACCUGCAGCGUGCGCAGUCGACACGCUACAGACAGGCACUGACGGUCGUUGCGGCAGUGGCGUCCUUAGUAUUUAA